UUUUUUUUUGCCCCACUCCUUCAUUCAUUACUUUCAUUCCUUUCAUUCCUUUUCAUUCCUUACGUCCUUCCUUUCUUCCUCCUUCCUCCUUUUCCUUCAUCUCAUCCUUCUCUCCAUCCUUCUCUCCGUCCUUCUCUCCGUCCUUCUCUUCGUUCUUCUCUUCGUCCUUCCUUCGUCCUUCCUUUUCUUCGCUUCUUCGCUUUUCCCUGCUCCCUUGUUUUUGCCACAAGCUCACUGUAUCCGUCAUGACGAGCUACAAGAGCUCCCAUGUCUUCGAGGGGUUCCAGCCCAGUGGGCUGCCAGGAAGGCUCCCUCUCCCCAAGAAUGCCACAUCGAACUUCUCCUCUUCCUCCGCCGCCUCUGCAUCCCAUCAAUCACCAGGACCUACCGCCGUCGAUAGAAAGCGCUCUGACUCGAUCAAUUCGACUUCACUCCUCGACUUUCCCUCUCUCUCCCAGCCGCAUUCCAUCCCUUACUCAUCCUCACACGCAGCCUUCUCAACCUCCGUGGUUCGUGAGCAAUCGCUGGCUUUGGGCAAUCUCGAAAGGCGUCAAUCCUUCGAUUCCAACCCAGUAUCCCCACAGGCCCUCGACAGCGCAUCCUGGGCCUCCAUCUCGGCCUCCGCCAAUAAUGCUGCCACACCUUCUCUCAACCGGAUCGAUACUCAGAACAAGGACAGGCGGCGCGAAGGUGGUGACAGAAGUCCUCCUAGUGGCCUCAGUCUGCUGCUCAAGACCAAGGACCAAGAAGGUUCAAAAGACAAAGGCCGAAUUGCAUCCACUGAGACGGCGUCGCCUGAACUGGACCCAGGAACAGGUUCUGGAUCAGGAUUGGGAUCGAAAUCUGCCCCAGGCAGCAAUGCCGCUAAGAAGCAAAGCCCGAACUCUCCUCCUCCCAUCAAUACAUCCCUGGCCAAGCACGGAGGGAGUGCAGAUGUGGAGCGUGCGCCAAAGCAUCCUGGCGGAAAACAUCACGUCUUCGGACAUGCAGGCGAUCCAUCGGCAGCUAAAAUGACGGGCUCAAUUGCGCCAUCCUCGUCAUUCUUAGCAGUACCGCCAGCAACAUCAGCCUCGCACUCAGAGACCGACCGUCUCUUGCCGCGCCAUCCUUCGGAGCAGCAGCAUGGCAAGAACAGCAGCAGUGGAGUUGGCAAUGGCUACAGCAGCAUCGCACCCAUGGGAGGAGAUCGGCCUCGGCAGGAGCCCCUGUAUGACGACGGCAACCCGCUGUCGAUCUGGAGUGAAUUCCGCCGCACACGCUGGACCCGCAAGGUCAUUGUCCAAAAGUGUCUUGUCGAGCCAGUCAGCUUCAUUCCCGCUGUCAUCCUCGGAUUACUUUUGAACCUGCUCGAUGCAGUGUCCUAUGGCAUGAUUAUCUUUCCGCUCAACUUGGCGCCAUUCCAGGCACUCGGCCCCGAUGGCAUCUCGAUGUUCUUCGUCAGCUGCGUGGUCUCGCAGCUCGUAUACUCGCUCGGCGGCAGUGCCUUCAAAGGCGGAAACGGAAGCAUGAUGAUUGAGGUUGUUCCGUUCCUGCAUCUGAUGGCUGAGACAGUUGUGGCCAGGAUCGGGGCCGAUAGCAGAGACGCGGUCCUGGCGACGACCAUCCUCGCCUAUGCCCUGAGUACAGUCAUGACAGGAGCUGUCUUCCUGAUCCUGGGAUACUUCAAGCUGGGAUCACUUAUCGCAUUCUUCCCACGACACAUUCUCGUCGGAUGCAUCGGAGGCGUCGGCUGGUUCUUGGUUAUUACAGGAUUUGAAGUUUCGUCCAGGAUGACGACCGAGCUGACCUAUAGCUGGGCAACGCUCAAGUUCCUGUUUAUGAAUCACCACGUCUUUGCAUUAUGGUCCAGUGCAUUUGCUCUGGCGUUGCUGCUCCGCAUCCUGCAGCAAAAGAUCCGCCAUCCAUUCUUGGUCCCCGUUUUCUUCAUGCUUGUCCCUAGCAUUUUUUACAGCGUCGUCGCCAUUGCGGACUUGGACUGGGGUAUGCUCCGUGACAAUGGCUGGGUCUUCCCUCUGCCUGAAGGUGAUGCCCCAGGCUGGCAGUUCUACAGUUACUUCAGCUUGGAAAAGACCAACUGGGGUGCCAUUCUGGAGACCAUACCUACCAUGUUGGCCUUGACCUUCUUUAGCAUUCUGCACGUGCCUAUUAAUGUACCUGCACUUGGCGUUUCGACCGGACAGGACAAUAUCGAUACCAACAGGGAGCUGGUUGCUCAUGGUUGGUCGAAUCUAUUGAGCGGUGGUGUUGGUACCGUUCAGAACUACCUUGUGUACACGAACUCGCUGUUGUUCAUCAAGUCAGGAGGAGACAGUCGCGUGGCAGGAGUGAUGCUGGCCAUGGCUUCUUUGGUUAUCUUUUUCAUCGGACCAUGGAUCGUUGGUUAUAUCCCUGUGAUGGUCGUCGGAUCAUUAAUUUUCCAUCUAGGACUGGAUCUGGUCAAGGAGGCCCUCUGGGACACCUGGGGCCUUGUCCACCCUCUUGAGUACUUGACCAUUGCUCUAAUUGUGAUUGUCAUGGCUGGAUUUGGAUUCGUGGAGGGCAUCUUCUUUGGUAUUCUCUUGGCGUGCGUAUUCUUCGUGGUAAUCAAUUCCCGCAAGGAGGGCGUCCGUUACUCUUGCACAGGCGAAUCUGUCAAGAGUACUGUCCGACGCGUGUACAGGCAGCAAAAGUUUUUACGACAGGUCGGUCGCCAGAUCUACAUUUUCAAGCUGCAAGGCGACAUGUUCUUUGGUACGAUUAAUAAGGUCGAGAAAGAAAUCCAGGACGUGUUCUCUCGUCGGCGCUGGGAAGUCAACCCGAUCCAGUUCCUGGUGCUGGACUUCUCGCUAGUGCGCAACGUUGACUUCUCGGCCGCAGAAGGCUUCGGACGAAUUCGCAGAGCAGUGCGCGCCAAGGGAGUAUGUUUGGUGCUGACUGGAUUGGAUGAGGAAGGCGAGGUGGGAAGGGCUCUUCAAAUGGUCGGCGUGUGGGGUGCAGGUGCAGGUGCAGGUCUGGGCGAGGGUCAUGGUCAUGGAGCGAACUUUUCGCAAGACGGAUUUGACACUCAGGCAUUCCCUGGCCUGAGCGAGGCCCUUGAGUACUGCGAGAACUGUCUGCUGGAGAGCUAUUAUAGGACGAGGGAAUCGACAUUGGAAAUGGCGAAGCGAAAGCGACUAAUGGAGGUUGCGAAUCAGGAUGACAGCACUAUGCUCUCGCCAGACUCUGAGGCGACUCGCUUCUUUGCGGAACACUUGCAGAACUCGCCCAGGAAGAGUCAGAUCUUUGAAGCUGCCAGAGAUACCCUUCACGCGAAUGACCGUCCUUACCCUCACCCUAUCAACCUGCAGCAACCUGUACCGACGUUAUUGGCAGCGUUCCAUGACACGCGCGAGAACCCAACGGACUUCUUCUUGCGACUCAGCAUGUACUUUGAGCGGAGGACAGUCCUCGCAGGAACAAUUCUCUGGCGCCAAGGAGGCGCGCCCACGGAUGGUGUCUACUUGGUCGAGGAUGGAACGCUUCGCAGCGUUCAAGAGUUCCAAGACAGCGGGCUGGUGCGGAGAAGCGUUGAGGUCAUUCUGCCUGGCACCAUCUCGGGCGAGAUUGGACUGUUCACAGGAAACAACCGGUCUUCGACGGUAGUGUCAGAGACGGACAGUAUCCUAUGGGGCCUAAGCCAGGAGAAAUUCCAAAAGAUGAUCAAGGAUGAUCCUGCCCUUGCUGUAGAGUUCAUGAGAGUAGCUAUGAGUUACUCUGCUGAACGAUUGAACACUAUGGUAGCCUAUGCGUUCAACCUGAGUUAAUGAGAGGUGCGAAGCUCAGGACACCUGUACAUAAUUGAUGAAAAAGAAAAACAUUCAUGAAGAGUCAUGGAGUAGCGGAGGAUAGUUGGAGGGGGAGGAGCCUGGCCUCAGCACGCCCUAAUGCUUAGAAAACGAAUAAAAAACCACGCUUCUUUUAACCGGCCAAGUUUAGUGGCAAC